AUGGCCAGCAACCAUCCGGACCCGCUGGUUCGACAGCAUACGCACGACAUCGAACUCGGUGUCUCCGAUGUGCUCCAGCGCCACAUCACUCGCCAUGUGGUUGCGCCAAAGGCGGUGUCCCAGCGGAGGCUCAAUUUUGAGCACAAACGACCGCGGAUUCUGCGAGAAAUGAUGGCGGAAGCCACCGGCGUGUUCUUCUACGUGUUCCCUGGUAUCGCCUCCGUGGCCUCAUUCACCCUUGCUACCACCAAUGGCGUCGGGGCGGCCGUGGGAAUCCCGGUCUUUGGGACUCUUUUCCAGAUUGGUUGUGCAUUCGCCUUGGGCAUCGCGUUUGCCAUCAUUACCUGUGCACCCACUAGCGGUGGGCACUUCAACCCGGCUAUCACCAUUUGUUUCGCUAUUUGGCAAGGCUUCCCAUGGAAGAAAGUCCCCCACUACAUCUUCUCCCAGAUCUUUGGCGCGUUCAUAGCCGGUCUGUUCCUCAUGGCGUGCUACUGGCCGCAGAUCCAAGCAGCCAAAGCCAUCGAUCUCAAAGAGCACGGAACUGCGGUCUACAAUGGCGGAGUGGCCAGCAUAUUCUGCACGUUCCCCAACCCGGACCAGCACAACCAGGGGUACCUGUUCUUCCAGGAAUUCUUUGUCGACAGCUACAUCGGCAUCCUGAUCUGGGCGUGUCUCGACCCGGCCAACCCGUUCGUCAGCCCGUCGUCCGCGCCGUUCACCAUCGGCCUGGUCUACGCGACCAUGGUCUGGGGCUUCGCGGGGAACAGCAUCUCGACCAACCUGGCCAGGGACCUGGGGACGCGCAUCGUCGCGGCCAUCUUCUUCGGCGGCGAGGCCUUUAGCUUCGACAACGGCUACUCGUGGAUCUCCAUCCUGGUCAACAUCCCCGCCACCAUCUUCGCCACGGGAUACUACGAGUUCCUCAUGCGCGACAGUCUGCAGAAGAUCCAGAAGGGCCACGCUGAGCACGAGGAUGGCGAGGAGGGCCUCCACAGGUAUCUUUCCAAGGUUACCGGGAUGGAUAUGCCGGCACCGACGACCGAGCGUGGGACGAUGAAUGCUGCGAAUGGUAUCAUUGAGAAGCAGUUUUGA